UUCGCACAGACAUUGUUAUGGAUGUUGGUACCAGUCUGAACCCAGCCAUAGAUAUAGGACAGAUAGAAGGAGCAUUUGUCCAAGGCCUUGGGCUCUUCACCAUGGAGGAGCUGCGCUAUUCUCCUGAAGGGAACUUGUACACCCGAGGGCCUGGGAUGUACAAAAUCCCAGCCUUUGGAGACAUCCCAACAGAAUUCUACGUGUCCCUUCUCCGUGACUGUCCGAACAGCAAGGCAGUUUAUUCAUCCAAGGCUGUGGGAGAGCCACCUCUGUUCCUGUCUGCCUCAGUAUUUUAUGCCAUUAAAGACGCCAUCUACUCAGCGAGGAAGGACUCUGGCAUAACAGAAUCAUUCAGGCUGGACAGCCCUGCCACCCCAGAGAGGAUCCGUAAUGCUUGUGUAGACAUCUUCACCAAAAUGUGCCCCUCUGCUGAGCCAGGGACCUUUAAGCCAUGGUCUGUGCGUGUGUAAAAGGAAGUCUGAGGAGCAAACUCUCCUCGUGAAACCGAGCUUACACCAGAGGGUCCAUAAGGCAGUAGGACUACAAUGGGAAAAAAAAUAAUCUGUGUUCAUGUGGCUUAUCCACUGAUUCAUAGAGCUUUCACAUUUCAUUGUCCAAUCACUGUUUUCUCUAGGAGAGGGAAUUGCUGCCAGAUUAUAGCUGUGAUGUAAAUUCAAAUGAAGAGAAAGGGGAAGGUGAUGUUAUCCAGGCGUAAUUGAAAAAUCUUACCAGUUUCAUUUAAAAUUACUGCAAGGAUGGG